GCUGCGCCUGCGGCUGCAGGCUUUUGCUCGUAUCUCUGUUGUGUAUGUAGCCUAUUUUCUCUAGACUUGACUGAAUAAGGAAAUGUAAUAGGAAUCCAGCACCGCCGAGUGUGAGAAGUGACUCGCCCUACAACGUAGACUACUGUACUUCACUCCGUAAAUAAAAAGUACCUAUAAACUCACGUAUGAAUGCGUUUAUGUAUCUGGACGUAUUGCGGAAAGACCACGGAAUUUGAUAGCCUACAUUUACGCACGGAUUGGGCAUUCUGAUUUUUAACCAUGGGGAAAAGAGCCGCGCUGUCUUCUUAUGAUGAAGAGUUCAGCUUUGUCAGCCCAUUUGUGAAAUAUCUACUUUUUAUUUUUAACUUAAUAUUUUGGAUGAUCUCAUUGGUUAUGAUGUCUAUUGGCGUUUACGCAAGGAUGAUGAAACAUGCCGAGGCAGCCAUGGCCUGUCUAGCGGUGGACCCUGCCAUCCUGCUGCUGAUCGUGGGGGUGCUCAUGUUCUUCAUCACCUUCUGUGGCUGUGUGGGCUCACUCCGAGAGAACAUCUGCCUCCUACAAACGUUCUGCAUCUUUCUGACUAUGAUCUUUCUGCUGCAGUUGGCUGCAGGCAUCCUGGGCUUCGUCUUCUCAGAUAAGGCACGGAAUAAAGUGAGUGAGAUCAUCAACAAUGCCAUCGUUCAUUAUAGGGAUGACAUUGACCUACAGAACCUCAUCGAUUUUGGUCAGAAAGAGUUCAGCUGUUGUGGAGGUGUCACCUACACUGACUGGUCUCAGAACAUGUACUUCAACUGCACCACAGACAACCCCAGCCGAGAGCGCUGCUCUGUUCCCUUCUCCUGCUGCCUGCUGUCUAAAGAUGAGUUGGUCAUUAACACAAUGUGUGGUCAGGGGAUGCAGGAGCUGCCAUUCCUGCAGGCUGGUGCCUUCAUCCACACCAAUGGCUGCAUCGACAAGCUGGUUAACUGGAUCCACAGCAACUUGUUAAUGCUAGGGGGCAUCGCCCUGGGUCUGGCCAUCCCACAGCUGGUGGGGAUCCUCUUGUCUCAGAUUCUGAUCAACCAGAUAAAGGACCAGAUUGAGCUUCAGAACUACAACCUGCAGCACCGUACGGACCCUUGGCAGUGACCUGGUCAUGAUCAGGUCCUCCCCGAUCAGACUGGACCAGGACUAGGUCACCAACCCCGGGGUCACCCAGGGGGUGUGGGAGUCUGGAAUUCUACCCCCUUCUGCUGGAUGGGGCUCGAGCUUACAUGUGUCCAAAGGUCCUUUUUCAUGGAGAUGGUUUUCAUUUUCAAGGCUGCUUGAUACUUUCGAUGGUGCAAGGACUGGCUUUGAGGCCAAAGAUUCUGGUUGGAUGAUCCACCACCAUUUGACAAGAGUCGAAAUGGCGAGGUUAUCUGCUCUCUUUCUGCGUUCUUCAUUCCUGUGUCAAUGUGUGCUGGUUUUGUUUUAGCUCACCCAGUACCCCGGAUGGGAAGAGUUUCACUUUGUGAUCAAUGGAAUGAUCAAUGUUCAAACUCUGCCCACCCCGUGCCACAGGGGGAGCUAAAAGGAACGCAUCUAAUCAGGAAGUACUCCAGCCAGACAGCAAAUGGAGAACUCCUCUAUUCACACCUAUUCAUCAUUUGACUCAUCUGAAAUAUGACACGAUCUGUAAUUUAUUGAAAAGGGAAAAGCAGCUGACUUUUUAGUCCAAACACUGCAAAAUAAUGUAGACUCUGUCCAGGUACUUUAGGAUUUUGUCUAUCCGAUUUGCAACAUUGAUCUGUUAUUGAUAUCCAUCCAGUUAUCCCCUACUACUCUCAUAGGGUUGAGAACAAGACAACUAUGUUGGCCCUUCUCAGAUAUGGAAGAGAAAACCCAAGUAAUGUAAUAAAGCUCAUUAGCUAAUGGUAUGUAUGUUAAAGCUCCCAACUGUAGUGUGACAUGCAUGCUAUAACAAGUUAGACUCAUCAGUUGUCCAGUGUUGGUAAUCGCGUGCCCACUAGAGCCACUUCUUCUUGUUUUUAGCUUAUAGGAGUGAAACCUGGUGUGAUCGUCUGCUGCAAUAGGACCGCCGAGUUGUGCGUUCCGAGAUGCCGUUCUGCACACCACUGUUGUACUGUGCAGUUAUUUGCUUGUUUGUGGCACGCCUGUUAGCUUGCACGAUUCUUGCCAUUGUACUUCGACCUCUCUCAUCAACGAGCUGUUUUCGCCCACAGGACUGCCACUGACUGAAUGUUUUUUGUUUGUCGCAUCAUUCUCGGUAAACCUUAGACAAGCCCAGGAGACUGUCAGUUUCUGAGAUACUGGAACCGGCGCACCUGGCACUGACUAACAUACCACGCUCAAAGUCACUUAGGUCAUUCGUU